AUGGAGUCACAUAUUCUGAAUAUGUAUCACCAGGCCCCUUAUAGGAAUAUUGGUCAUAAUAUACUCCGUUCAAUAAGUGAGUCUUUGUCGUCGGAAGGCAGUUGUAAUCAGAACAGCCCAGAACAACGGGCCGAUGAUAAUGAAAUGUAUUGGACAAGAAAUACUCAGGUUUGGAGUCAAAAUCAGAAUGUAAAUAUAACACAGUCGAAUCAAGAUAUAAGUAUAGAUGGUGAUGAAAAUAUUGAAGUACAGGAGGUAUCUAUAGAUGAUAAUAAUUCAGAAACCGAUGGUCAGUUAGACGCUGAUAAUAUGGAAGAAAAUUCAUUAGUCGAAGGUGAUGAUUAUGACAUCAUCCAAGUGUUUGCUGUCGAUCCAGAUUUAGACCUUGAGUGUUCAUCGGAUGAAGAACAGGAGGAUUUUUGUAUUCCAGAUGAAGAAAACACAUCAGAUGAAGGGGAAUACAUCAAUCCUGAAGAUAAAAUACAAUAUGAAACAAGUAACAACCAGUUUAGCAAAGGAAGUCUCCCAAAAAGUAUAUCCCAAGAGAGUCUUGAGUUAAAUUUCGAUGCACCGGUCGUUUCAAAUGUCGAUGAAUAUUUUAUAAAACAAAAUGAUGAGAAACAUAUAUUGGAAGUUAAAGAUGAGCCGGUCGUCAACGAUGUUGAUGAAUAUUUCAUCAAAGACACUAAAGAUAUGCCAACGAUCCCACCACCUACGAUCGUGGAAGAACUUUUAGUUAAAAGCAAAUUACCUGAAACGGAUUUCCGGAUAUCCAAAACUGUGCCAGAUGAGAUCUUUGAAGCUGAACCGACUGUUGAAGUUAAAGAACCAGAAACAGUCGAGCCACAAGAAGGUUCAGUGGCUGAUGUAUCCAUAAAUGAAUCAGAUCUAGAAGUUCUUCCUAAUAUAGAAGAUUUAAAACGAUAUCUCUUGGACGAUUUGCCUUACACUAAACUGAAGAACGUACAAAAAUCAUACUCCGUCUCUCUACCACAUUCACCGAUGCACAAUAUAUUGGAUAUAGAUUCUAAAACUUGUUUAAGUUUCGAAGAUCUUAAUCUAGAUCUAUCUGAUCUCACUUUCGAAAAUGAGAAAGAGAAAUCGAGUACUAGUUUAAGGAGUGAUGAUAUGCCAAGGACCUUGACUGAGGAAGACGUAAAUAGCUUUCUGAUAACGAAUCAAACAGAGUCUAAAGAAGUUGUAGAUGAUUGCUCUCCCCAAGAUAUGGAAAUAGAUAGACCUCUGGAUGCUAUUAUAAGCAACGGAGACGUUCAAACCGUAAUACUUCCAGACAGAAAAUGCACAUCAACACCCAUCCCAAAACCUAAUGUACUAGAAUUCUGCAUAGAGAAAGUCGCCGUGAAAAAAGAACCAGAUAUAAAAGUUGAGACAGAUGAUUUCGUGGAUGUCGAAUCGUGCAAUGACGCUGUCAUACCCGUCCUAGAAGCAAAUAAUCUCAAUUCGCUCCUAGAACAGUUUGAGGCGACAGAAAAAUUAAACAAACGUAGAAAACCAUCAGUGAAUGUCAGUGAUUCUAAAACAAAGACAAUAAGCAUAACUAGUGGCAUGAGACUGCAAGACGCCGGUGUUCAAUUGAAUAAAACGAAGAUGCGACAAAUAUUGAUGCCGUCGCCCAUUAACACUGUGAUGCGACGUUCACCAAGUCCGAUUCACUCUGAUCAUGAUUAUUGCUCAUCCAAGAAACGACUCAGCCUCCCAAACCUCAAGGGCGGUCAGAGUCUCCUCAAACCGGAAGUCCUAUCAAGCAAUAACAAAAUACUCAGCUCGAGACAUAGAUCGUGUAAAAAUAAAAAAGUUAUCUAUCACCUCAGCAGUGACGACGAGAGUGAUGCUAAUACGGCUAAGAAAAAUAAAAUACUUAAUAACAAUCGUGUUGAUGAUAAUGUUUUUGUUAAGAAUAAUAAAAAAUCUAAUAUAAAACUAAGUGUUAAGGCAACAGCUAAUUCUAAUCAUCGUAAGAAACUGUCGCCGCCGCGUAGUGUGAAUGAUUGUGAUGUUGACAAAGAUAACGGUUCUGUGAUGGUGAAAAAUGCUUUUAAAGCAAGUGAUACUUCAUGUAGUCAAAAUUGUAACGGUAGCAUUAAGUUAACGAUAAAAAAUAAAUCUGAGGUUAUUAUCAAGAACUGUGAUUUUAAGGACAAUCGUAAGGACAAUGUUGAUAAAAAUAAAUUAGGUGUAAGUGCUAAUAGAUUUUUGAACAAUAUAAAUAAUUCUAAUAAAGGCAUAGAUACUUUAGAUAGGAACAAAACGAAAGACUUAAAUAGGGUAGAGAAACAUUAUGUAAACGCGAAACAGGAUGUCAAUUCUAAAGAACAUUUUUACACUGCGCUAAUUAAUGAUAAACAAGAUGUUGAGAUUCCCCAAAUAAAAUCCGAGAAUAACGUUAAAGAUGAGCAAACACAGGCUGAGAGUAUAAAUGAUUUGGAACAACCGCAGAAGAAGAAAAAACUGAAUCUCCAAGAGUACAAAUUGAGGCGAAAUGUUAGUUCAAACGCCAGCUCAGCCCAAGUCAGCCCGGAAGCUAUAUUCCCAGAUAUUCCAUGCAAUAUAAAUCUUGAUAAGAAUUUAAGGGUAGUAAACAAUCAAACAACCAAUGACGUUGUUUUGGCACCAAAAGAACCUUUAAUUUCUGAAGCCCCAAAAACAAUCUUUGAUCCUAUAAGAGAAGCUUCCAGAAAAAUACUCAUGAAUUCCAAAAAGCAGAAGGCCGAAGCCAUGAGGAAGAGAGAUGAAGAUAUUGUUAUGAGCAAAAUACCUAAAGUAGAAAACUUAGAACUACAACCCCUUAUAAGUGACGCGGAAAUGAUGAAAAUAGUUGGCAUGACACCCAAAUUGCUUCCCGUGCCCAUUGUACCACAAAACCAAACAAUUGUCGAAGAUAAAGUUCAACUAAAAGAUCAUGACGAAAUUGUACUCGUUAGUAUCGGUACAAAUACUGAUGAGAAUAUGUUCAAAAUAGAAAAGGUUAUUGAGAGCAAGAAGCGAAAAUCCUCUUCACCUAAACAUGAAAACAAAUUAACAAUCAACUUUAAGAUCAAAAAAUCUGAUCCUGUACUGAAACAAAAUGUAUUCGAUACAGUUAAACGAAGCAAGAGUCCUAUCAAUGAGAAAAAUCAUUCAGAAGUUAAAAUCGAUAAGGAGAGGCUUAAAGAUAUCACAGCGACAUUAAAGAGUGUAGAAAAACAAGUGGAUACGAAAAUUUCUAGCAAUUCAUUAUUUGCUAGUAUACAAGAUGUUGUUAUGAAGAAUGCUCCAACUGCUGAUAUUACUAAAGGUGAAAAAUCCCCGAAACAUGGCUCAGUAGAAAAACGUGAUGUACACCAUAAAUAUAAAACAAGUAUAGUGCGACAAUAUGAUAUUAAUAAUGAUCACGGCGAGGACAAAAUCAUUCUACAUUUAGAGAAAAAUCGUAAAAAACCCGAUCAAGUUAAUAUCGAAGUUCAAACUGAUUCACUUUCUGAAAUCGGCGUAAUCAAAGAUAAAGUAGAAAAGGAGAGUAGCCCUUCAACGAGGAAAAGAAAUGACAGUGACAUGUCAAUGUCCAGUGACAGCAGUCCUGUUCGUGCAAAAAAACAGCAUGUGUUGACAACGAAAGACGAAAAAUUAUCUCCGACCAAAUCAAGACAAGAUAGACGAGAUGUUCCUAGAUCACAGUCAAAAGAGAAGAGAUGUAGGUCCACUGAUCGAUAUGAUGUGAAAUAUAGGCGUUCAAGAUCACACUCACGGGGACAUAGAAGGAAAAGAUCAAACAGUCGAAAUAGGUCCCGAUCUAGAGGAAGAUUCAGAAGAUAUAGACGAUCAGACUCUCCGUACAGAAGGAAAAGAAGAUCCCGAACGAGAUCACCAUAUCGAUCGACAAGACGUUCACCGUCCGUUCGAAAAGAUUAUCGUUCGACGCGAACUCGAUCAAGAUCGAAACACACAGAGAAGAAAUCUAAAAGCCCCAUACCUAAAAAACGGGUCAGUCCACAAAGAACUAUUGAAAAACCAACAAGAUCACUAACACCUCCACUAAGAAAACCAACUGUCUCUGAAAGUUCUGAUUCUUCAUCUUCCAGUUCUUCAUCUGGCGCUUCAUCAGCGUCUAUCAAGUCUCGAUCUUCUUGCAGUCCUUACAAGAAGGAUGAGAAUUUCAGAAAGAACUACAGAAAUUCAUUUAGUUCGGAAGACAGAGAAAGCAAUACUCCAGUUGAGGAGAGGCGAAUAGUUUUCGUCGGUAGAUUAGAGAAAGAUUUAACGAAGGCAGCUCUUAGGGCUCAAUUCACCAAGUUUGGGCCGGUCACAGAAGUUAGAUUACACUCUAAGGAAGACGGUUCUCGCUACGGUUUCGUGACGUUCCAACGUCCUCGUGACGCUUGGUCCGCUGUAGAAGCCGCUUCUUCAUUUCCUCAAUACGACGUUGGCUUCGGCGGCAGAAGAGCUUUCUGCAGGCAGAGUUAUGCUGACCUUGAUGGUUUAGAAGCGAAGUAUACGGAAAGCGCUUUCCACGGCCAAGCCGCGAUGCCGGUCAGACGUAACGAAGACAUGUCGUUCGAGCAGAUGUUGUUAGAUAUAAAAAAGAAAUUAAAUAAAAGGAAAGGCGACAAAUCCCGCCAAGACGAUGCUUGA